GCAUUGGGCCAGUUAGCCGACUUUCGAAUCUCAACCACAUCCCCGCAGCGAAGUCCGGAGAUUUGAGUACUUUUGUACGAAGUAGGCUGGCGGAUCCACUAACUAAAGCCCAGAUGGGUGGUUGAGUCGAGGCUUAGUUUUCAGUCAGCCCAGGAUGUACUAUUCUGACGGAUUCGUGUCGUUGCACUCGGUAUUUAAUGCUCUUGUAGCCAACCCGCUCUUUUAUCGCUUCUCUCCUACAGAGACUCACCCAUGCAUCACUUGGAUACUACGCAGUCCCCCUUGACCAGUAAUUGGAAGUCUUACUUGAACUAAGCUGGUUUAGUGAGCAUUAUGAUGCAAGUAUCUGCCCUAUUGCCAUUGGCAUUGGCCAUCUCUGCCCUUGGGCAAACCUUUCCGCCAUACUACCAGAACCUGACGCAGGAACCUGCCCGUACUUUGUCGAGCUUCACGAAUCUCACGGUGGAAACACGCACUGGAACAUUUGUCGGCUUCUUGAACGAUACCUAUCCUGAUGUCCGCCAAUUCCUGCGAAUUCCGUUUGCUCAGCCACCUGUUGGCGAACUGCGAUGGCUCCCUCCCCAAAAGCUUCCCAACUCGUCGAGAAAAUACGACUCGACCAAGUUCGGCCCUGCCUGUCCGCAGUACGUUUCUGGGAAAACGUCCAUGUAUAACCAGUAUCAACCACCCAACUUGCUUGUCAACCUCGGCGAAAAUCUCAACCAGGGCAGCGUAGCAUGGGCCUCUGCAGAGGACUGUCUUACCUUGGCCGUAUGGACCCCGUCUUUCGCCAACAAAACCUCGAAGCUUCCGGUAGCCCUCUUCGUUACGGGCGGAGGUGGAGUCACGGGUGCGAUCGAUAUUCCCUCUCAACUGCCACCUCAGUGGAUAUCGCGGUCCCAGGAGCAUAUCGUCGUCACCAUGAACUACAGGUCCAACAUAUUUGGAAAUCCCAAAUCCCGAGCUUUGAAUGAAACAUCACUCACUUUACUCGAUGUAAGAGCUGCCGUGGAAUGGGUCUCUGAGAACAUCGGUGCCUUUGGGGGUGAUGCCGAGAAUAUCUUGCUCUGGGGACAGUCUCAAGGCGCCGGACUAACGCAUGCGUACACUCUGGCAUUCCCCGAUGACCCCCUUGCCUCAAGCUUCGGCAUGAUAUCCACCCCACCCUCAGUGGUCAUAAAUCUCACCACCACACCUGACCCCUAUGCAGAUUUCGAUAUUGUUGCCAAAGCUCUCGGCUGCAACUAUUUUGAUGACUGGGAGGCUGAGCUCGAAUGCAUGCGCCAGGUAUCAUGGGUCCAGAUAUCGGAGUUCAUCAAUCGCUACAACAGUACCCCGUCGAUUGCUUUUACUUCAUAUAUCCCGGACGAGAGAUACAUCUUCUCCAACGAGACACAACGAUACAUCGAUGGAAAGAUCGCCAAAGGACCAGCCAUUCGGUCUCAUGCGGCGAGGGAAAGCCCUUCCACCAACGAAACCGCAGUCGAGGCAUCACAGCUGAGGUGGGACUGUGCAACUGCUUCCGACGUUGCACUGCGGCAUUCCAUUGGCCUGGACACGCAUCGGUAUCUGUGGGCAGGAAACUUUUCCAACAUCAGUCCGGUGCCCUGGCUGGGCGCUUUCCACUGGUCGGACUUAUUUAUGAUCUUUGGUACCUACCGCCUGGACGUGGGUGAGGUGACGCAACUUGAAGUCGACACAUCCGCCACGAUGCAAGGUUUCCUCUUGGCCUUUCUCAAAGAUCCCUCGACGGUCCAGAGUACCGCCGGCUGGCCCGUUUUCGAUCCCGAGGCUUCUGACGGGGGCACUAUUGUCGAGUUUGGUCUCGGUCAGCCUGCGAGAAAUAUUACUGGCUAUUCUGUUGAUGGGGCUUGUUAUAAUUAGUCUCCUAAAUUCCCAACGAGGGGAUAUCUUGAAGACCAAAGGGACGGUGAUGAUAUUAAUACGGCGAAAAUUCUAAGAAUAGUGUGAAACCUAUCAGUAGUAACUUUGAACAUGCCAAACCAAUCUGAGGCCAGCGUCGAGUAAGGCCAUCGAUAGCAUCACGUCGGACCUUUCCAUUAUCAUCAUAAUCUCAAAAGAGAAUGUCGUAUGGUCCGGCUUUCUAUGGUAC